UCGUUUGUCUUGGGAGGGAAGAAAGGGAGGAAAGAGGAGGUACAUGAUAUCCCACCAACGUGUAACCGAAACUAGAUGUACCACGGCGCGCACAUACCCAUUCCCCCCCUGGCAGGCAGCGCAACUCAGUCACUGCCCACCUACCUCGCAGCAGCCACUGCUUUCAGCAAAGCCAGGCAUUCCCCGUGGGCGGAUGCAAACACUGGUCGGGCACCUUGCUGACCAGUAGAGUGAACGACGCGACCAGUAAGGCACAGUGCAUCUGGUCCCUCAGUGGCCUGGACAGAGAGAACGCGAGCUGACGGCGGCGCCCCUUCCCCCCAAAAAUGCCGCCAGAAGGCCACUUCCCGCAUCGCAUCAACGACGACGACACCGUGACAGACACUGCGACCGAGAACAAGACGGCGGAGACUGCGAGAGGGGGGGAAAAUCCUCAAUCGACACCAUCAAUCACCCUCGCUACGAUCCGACGGGACAACAAUGAAUGGCUAUUCAAUCUUCGCCAAUGGCCUCCGUCACGCGCUCCACCAGGAGGGCGACGAACACUGAAGGCCUCGUCCAGCAGCAGCUUCACCCGGUGCCCAUCCCACGCCCCCAUCACCAUCCCGUCCAGGCCUUCGCUGCCAACACGAACGCUGCGACGCGCGCCGCCAAUAGCCCCCAAAACGUCGACACCUACCAUCAUUCCAUACCCGGUCGCACCAAGCGCCAGCUCGACUCGCCCGACAACCUCGUCGAUUUCAAUCACCAGAAACCCAAGCGCCCGAGGACCAGCAUCGAGAUCCUCAUUAGGCCUGCCCCGUCGCCCGCGAGGCCUGCCGACGCCAACGCGACCACCCCCAACGUCACCGCGACUCCGCAACCGACCACCACGACAACGCCUCGACCGCCCGGCCCCCUACCAAAGACUACGCCCAAAUCAGCACCGCAACACGUCGCGACAGUGCAUCCCCCCAAUCCCACCCCGGUUCCCGUCAGCAACGAUGCUUCUCACUUGACCAAACACCAAGAAAAGGUCAUCAACGGUAUUAAACACGAGCUGGACCGCCUGCAGCCCCGCCAGGCAGAUACCCACACAAAGGAGGGGGGUCGCAAACUGCGCUCCCAGGAGGCCACUCGCUUCAAGAGCGAACUGUCGGCCUACUUCCCCGAGUACGAUGAGGUCAUUGGGAAUGAGCCCAAGGAACAGCAACUCUUCACUAUAGAUACCCCGAUAGUCAUUUUUGACUCGAACCCCACACGCCACCAGCCAGUCUCCUGGCAUCGACAUCUGGGCACCUCCGCAGAAUCCAAAGCCAUACAUGAUGGCCCAGCAAGGUUGCCAGAGGGGCACCAGGUGCCAGUGCGUGGCUACGGCGAUGCUUUGUUUGACGAGCUCGUCGAUGCCCAACGCAUAGAUUUUGAUUUCCUGGGUAUCUCCCAUAAAAGAGAGCCCGUCGAGGACCCUCUCCCCGAUGCAACCUUCGUGUCGGCCCACAAGAGGGCGGAAAGACUGGAAAAGUCCAUCCGCAACACGGAAAGGGGCCGGGCCCAGCAUGAAAAGGAUCAGAUUGCCCGCCUGCUCGACGGCCUUCAAGGCCAUGACUGGUUGCGAGUCAUGGGUGUCAGUGGCGUGACGGAGACAAGGAAGAAGCAGUUCGAGCCGGCGCGCCAGCAUUUUGUCAAAGGCUGUCAGGCGAUUCUCGACAAGUUCCGUCAGUGGAGCCUGGAAGAAAAACGUCGCAAGGCCGAGAAAGACCGCGCUGUGGCUGAGAAGGCAGAGGCGGAAGACUCAUCCGAGGACCGGUCACCUACGGAAUCCACAAGCGGCGAGGAAGCUGCCGAGGAAAAUGGGCGUAGUGGCGAUAUCAGUGACGGGGACCCUCCGGGCUCUGAUGACGACGAUGAUGACGACGACGACGGCGGCGGCGGCGGCGACAGUGACGACGAUGGCGACUCAGUGACCCAACAGCUUCGCGAAGAAGCCAAAGCAAGGUCGGGUGCGUCGAGGAACAGCAGGAAGCGCCUGCGAGUCACACCACAACCUCGGCCUCCGCCAAAGCCUGAACCCCCAAGGGAGUUCAAGUCGUUCUUCAAGAAGAGGUACGAAAGGGACGCCGCCUUGCAUCGCCAUAGGCGUGCCGGCCGCAAGGUGGUGGCGUGGGGACAUCCUGUACCGGAGAUACCUGAGGCGGAUUUUAAUCUUCCUGAAGAGUUUCGCGAUGAGGAGACGCUGAGAGUGCAUGCGAGGAAGAGGCGUCGUGAUCGGCGAGGUCGGCACUGAGAAGUUUUGCUCAACUACCGAUUAUGUGUUUGAGAUACCUGGAUUGUCCUGCGGCGGCAUCUUGCACUGCAUCGGCUUGGCGUGACGCUGUUAUUUGUACCAUUAUCAUAUGUAGACUGCUGGGUGGCAUGGCUCAAGAACAAGCGUUUGAUUUUGUUCCAACUAAGAAAAACGAAACUCAUCAACGGCAUGAAGCUGAUUGAUGUAGCCCUGGAAGUCGUGCCAAUCGACGUAGGUGGGACGGGCUUAGCCGAGGAAGGUCAAUCUGGAGUCGUCGUCAGUCCUUCCAAAGUGCGGUUUGGUGCAUGGGGACGGUUAGCUUGGGCAUGGGAAGGAGCUUUGUGAGCUCAACCAAGAGUCGCGCCUUCCCUGCUGGUGAAUUCCGCUGGCU